UGUUCUCCAAGCCAAACAAUCGCAGAAUUCACAGCCGCUCCUGUUGCUAUGGUUACCUGCAGCAGGUUGCCGAGCGAGGACGGUUCCGUCAUCAGCAACGAAUCAGAGAAGCUCAACUCUGGUCGGGGCUCGGCGGCUCAGAAAGUCACAGCACAGCAGAAAUUGACAAAGGAGGAGACACGCAAGAAGAACGAUCCCUACGACACCUCGUUUGGUUCCCUGCAGCUUAUUUCCAUAAAGCCCAUGACUGCUCCACCCACCUAUUCACACCCCGCCUCCUCUGACCGCAGCCAAGACUCAGCCAUCCUCAAUGGAAAUGGAGAGGUGAACCUAGCUCUGAAACAGAAGUCUGACAUAGAACACUACAGGAACAAGCUAAGGCUGAAGGCCAAGAGGAAAGGGUACUAUGACUUCCCUUCAGCGGACGGCAGCGGGAGUGGUAGCAGGACGCUGGCACAGAGGCAGAGACACGGACAUGAGAGGGCACCUGGAGAGCAUGGCCCACCACUGGAGCCUGAUGAAGACCGGGCAUCCACCUACGUCAAGUCCAGCAGGAGACACUCUCAGGUGAGGCAGCGGACCUAUCGGAGCAGGCAGAGCCUGAACAGCCCGAGUACCGGAGGAACAGAGAUGGACCUGCUGGUUAUGAGGGAGAGACCCAGGAGAGGCAUCAGGAACAGCGGCUACGACACUGAACCGGAGCUGAUUGAGGAGACCAACGUGGAUCGUCUGAUUGGCCCGCGGGGGGGUUAUGUCUGCCCCAAAGGGGUCAAAGGUCACUCAGAGACCUCCACGUUGAGCUCCCAGCCGUCCAUCGACGAGGUACGCCAGCAGAUGCACCUGCUCUUGGAGGAGGCCUUCAGCCUGGCCUCAGGGGGACACUCCUCCACAGCCGCACGCCACCACCACUCCCAUCACCCCCACCACGGUUACCACCACGGUUACCACCACGGCCACUACAGCCCCGGACCUCCACCCCUGCCCUACUCUGACGUGGUGACCAGUGCCCCGGGAACCAUGAGCCGUGGCCGGGGAGAAGGGCUGCAGUGGGUGCCGGCGUACGGAGCAGACAUGUAUCAGUGCAGCCUCCCCAAACCUGCAUUUAGGUUCACCCAGCUUCCUGACAUGGUUAUGACCUCUCCUCCACCCCCUAUUCCCCCUCGCACCGGCCCCCCUCCAGGGACCUCUCUAAGACGCUCCUCGCCUGACCUGGGGUCCACGGCCAGGAUCUCAGAGUCUGGGACCAAAAUGACGGACAUGCAGACCCAGCAUAAUGACAGCAGCGUCCCCUAUGUCUCUCUCUCUAGAGCAGCACUCCCCUCAGUCCCCCUCUCCAGAGCAGCACUCCCCUCAGUCCCCCUCUCCAGAGCAGCACUCCCCUCAGUCCCCCUCUCCAGAGCAGCACUCCCCAGCACUCAGUCCCCCUCUCCAGAGCAGCACUCCCCUCAGUCCCCCUCUCCAGAGCAGCACUCCCCUCAGUCCCCCUCUCCAGAGCAGCACUCCCCUCAGUCCCCCUCUCCAGAGCAGCACUCCCCUCAGUCACAGCAGAACAGAAACCCCAUCACAGCGGUGUACGCCAUCCCAGCCUCGCGGUCGGGUUACUCUGAGUACUUUGCCUCCACGCCCCCGUCCUCCUACCACAGCCCAUCCUGGAUGUCCUACCCCCCCGAGCCUGAGGACGUGCCCCCCCAGUGGGCUGACUCUGUGGCUCUCCCAGGGUACGUGGAGGCCUUCCCUCAUCCCCGCUACCCUCAAGGCAGCUCCCCCAGACUCCCCCUACACUACGGUCAGGCCAUGGAGCCACCCCCCACCCCGACCAGCGCCGCGUCCCAGCAGAGCCUGCCCGAUGCGGGGAAGCCCAGAGACAGAGUCCCCCUCAGCAGUCUCUCCACAUCCGCCCUGGUCCAGGCCAUCCGCCAGGAGGUGGCAAAGCUGGCCAAGAAGCAGACAGACAUGUUUGAGUUCCAGGUGUAA